CUAAUGCUAGCUAGCUACUUCUAAAGUCGACUAUUAGUUUGUGACUAGUGCACACUGACAAUGCCGUUCAGCGCCGAGGCCAUUAAGCCGCCCCUUCAUGACCAAAUAACAGAACUGCAGAGGAAAAUUCAACUUCUUGAGGGCGACAGAAGUGCAUACUAUGAAAUGUCUCAGUCAAGCAUCAAGAAAAACAGGAAUUCUAUCCUUCAGCUGAGGCAGGAGAACAAGAGACUACAUAAGAAGUUGGCUAACGCUCUUGCUGGGGACGAGCAGGUGAUAAAGGAGGCCUUCCAAAGCCGAGGCAUGGAGAAAGCUGCCUUCAGAAACAUGUCAGGGAAGGCUGCUCUCAAGGUGCUGGACCAGAAGGUGUGUGACAAGAUGAAGAAGCUGAACGCUCUAAAGCACACCACCCAGACGCACCGUCGUCGCCUGGAGGACCUACAGACACUGUACCAGAGUAUGAAGCUAGAGAACAGGGGACCAGAGAGAGACACGGAGAGACGCAGCGAGGAGGCCAAGAGUGAAGGAGAGGCGGCUGAGGAGCAUCCCCAAAAGAACUUGCGGGUGCUGGAGAAUCGUCUGGAGAAAGCCCAGCUGAAGUGCCAGGAGGCUGAACACAUCAUGAGAGGCUAUCUGAAACUAAAGGCCCACCUACAGGAGGAGAGCCUGACCUUCCAGUCCCAGCUGGAUAAACUAGAGGCUGAGAUCCUGAGACAGAGACAGGAGCUGAAGGACCUGCAGGUCCUGAACAGUGACGCACUGCUCUCCAAAGACACUGCCAAGGCAGAGCUGCAGCGUCAAGAAGAACAGAUGUAUAGGGAGAGGAAGGACAGAGAGUGUAUCCUCACCCGUUACAAGAAAGAGGCAGAGGACCGUAAGGCUCAGGCUGAGAGAGUGGAGAGAAGGGCCCAGCGGGCAGCCAUGCAGCCUGACGAGCUGAGUAGCGAUGCCCAGCGCAGUGCCACCGGGCUAGGGGAGGAGGAGAGGGCCAUCUCCACCUUCGAAGAGGCCUUCAGACGCAUCAAGGAGGCCACGGGGGUCACUGACACACGGGAGGUGGUGGAGAGGUUCAUCUCCCAAGGAGACACCCAGCAGCACCUGGAGGAUCUGAAGAAGGAGAACCAGAGAACCCUGGUACAGCUGAAGGAGGACAGGGACCGUCUGCAGGAACACUUCCAGGACAUCAAGUACUCCGGGGAGACUAAGCUCUCCAGUGGUCAGCAGAUGCUGGAGGACUGUAAGCGCCACCUGCAGGCGGAGCAGGGGAGACGCGACGCCACCAAGGAGCGUCUGGACUGGCUGACCCGUACCCUGAACACGGUCCGGGCCGGGGUGGAACACCUAUCUGACAAACUGCAGCACAUCAAGCUGGGUGAGCGACCGGAGCCCCAGCUGCCCCCCGGCUCAGAGGAGUACGUGGUGGAACUGCUGUCCCAGUCAGAGCAGAAGCUGCUGUUAUUGCAGGAGGAGCUCCAGGGGAAGGACCUGGCCGCCAUCAUGAAGGAGAUGGAGGAAGAGGAGUUCCAUGCCAGCAUCGAGGGGAAGCUGCCCCAUUGCAACACCCGCAUCAAGCUGCCUGAGGCUCAGAGACAGGACCCAUAUGAUGAAGAGGAGGAGAGCGGGGACGAUGAGGGUGACAUUAUCACCAGGGCGAUACUGAAGCACCAGUCUCAGCUCAUCAUCGACUCCAAGACUAAGAGGAAGACCAGGACCAAGAAGAAAAAGGGCAAGCUCUGAUCCUAGAUCAGUUAGGCUGGCUAGAGGCCACAAGAGCCAUAGAAAUAUAAUUGCUAGAAUGGGGAGUUUGUGUUUAGUGUGAGGUCAUAGGUCAUAUUUGUGCCCUGGAUUGAGUGAAAAUACAUUUGCUUAGAUGGCAUAGGGGACUUGAGUGAAAUCUUACUCCUCACAUAUAAUUCUUCAGUUAGCUAAAUAAUUAUAUUCCUUAUUAACUAAUGGAAUGCACAGUAAAUGUAUAUUGUAUAUUUGGGAUGAUACUGUAGCUAGGGGAACGUUGUGGUGGCAGAUCAUAUAGUACCUUGCAGUCAUCACAUUACCUACUUUAUGGAAGCAAGAUUUGAUUUUAUCACACAGCAGUUCAACACAAAAUAAUUUCCCACUUGCACCACUGAUUUGUAGAUUAUAAAAUUGUAAUCAAAAUAGGAAUGAAAAUCAAUAAAAAGCUUGAUUUGAAGAAUGACUCAAUCUUUGGAUAGGUAAGACCGCUCUAAUGCAGGGGUGUCAGACACACAGCCCGUGGGAUGGUUUUUUUGUAUAAUAUAUAUAUUUUUUAAUCUGCAUUGAAAUGACUUAAAUAUUGAAACUGUAGGAAUCAGGGCUUGACAUGAACCUUUUUAGCCUUUGGACAAGUAGGACAGAUUUUUUUACUUGUUUACUGAAUUCACUUGUCCCCCCCAAAAAAGGUCUUUA